UCGUUUAUUUCGACGAAGAGGCUGGGAAAUUCGGAAGAGAACGAUGCUUCAAAAUGCAAGAAUCGAAAGAUGAAGUGAAGACUCCGGCCGAGAGUGAAGCCCAAUGUCGUGGAGAAGAAAAUCUCUAUAAGAGGUCACCAUGUCAAAGCCUAGACGUACCAUUUGAGUCUUUCAAGCUCUUAUCCUGUGCCUUCAAGACUGCCCAGAACAAUACAGGAUUUUCCCUUGGUCUUGAAUAUGAUUUCAUCAUUGUUGGAGGUGGAACAACUGGUCUCAUCCUAGCGGACCGUUUGAGCGAGUCUGGCGAUCAACGAGUGCUGGUCUUAGAAGCUGGGCCUGAUCCUAGUGUUGUAGCUAUGCACGAGGCACCUGGUGCUAUCGAAUACAUCGCGGGUACUGCGAUUGAUUGGAACUUUUACACUGAACCACAAGAGUAUCUCGGCGGGCGAAAGCUUGCCUACCACCGUGGCCGUGGUCUUGGUGGCAGCAGUAUCCUCAACGGCUUGUACUAUGGACGCGGUUCAGCCAAUGUCUAUGACCACUGGGUUGAACUUGGAAACCCUGGCUGGAGCUGGGAAGAGGUGUAUCCAGAGUUCAUCAAGGCUACCCAUUUCAACCCGCCAAACAAUGGAACUGGAUACAACCAACGUUACCAGACCUGGGACCCGGCGGCAUACUCCGAUGGCCCGCUAGAAAUUGGUUUCCAGGGUUUUGUUCCUCCUUCCAGUAUUGCUUUCAUUGAGGCUUGCGAAGCCGUGAACAUUCCCAUCGUCCAGGACUUGAACAAUGGCAAGAACGUGGGCGUCAAGCAAGGCUCUGCUACCAUUAACUCCAAGUACCGACGUAGCUCUGCUUAUGACUACUACAAGGCCAUCACCAACCGUCCAAACUUACUGAUUCUUCAUAAUUCGCCAGUACAGUCCAUUACUUUCAUAAGGAAUGCCACCGGCAUUCCGGUAGCAAGUGGCGUGGUCUUUAUUGACCACUCUCUUGGACGUCACCACGUCAUCUCAGCCUCUAAAGAAGUUAUUGUGACUUUAGGCACCUUUCAAUCUCCACAAAUUCUGAUGGUUUCGGGAAUUGGACCGAAAGCCACGCUUGAGGCCUUUGAUAUCGACCCAGUGGUAGUCAACGAAAACGUUGGCCAGCACAUGAUGGAUCACAACGUUUACAGCAUCUCAGCCACCGUAGUUCCCGAAGCCUCGACCCACUACCUCAUGUUUAACACCACCAAUGUUCAAGCCUCGCAAGAUGAGUACUACUCGAGUGGUAAAGGUGUCUACACGGCCCCUGGAGGCAUCACGAACGGUUUUCAGGAGUUGUCCGGCGAGCAGCUUGAAUCAAUUGGCGCCGGUGCGGUUGUUGAGGCCGGUCUCACCAACCGCUCAACCGUGGAGUUCCUCUUUGAGUCUUUCUUCUACCCCAACAGCCCAGGCCCGACAUACGAACCUUCGGCAGAUGGGUCGUACAUGUCCAUUACAGUGUCGAGCAUGGUGGCUUUAUCCAAGGGUAACAUCACCAUUCAGUCAAGCGGCAUGUCAGAUGCUCCGAUUAUCAACCCCAACUACUACUCACAUCCCGCUGAUCGCGCCAUAGUGGUGAACGCCUUCCGCGACGCGAGGGAGAUUCUUGCCCACCCGGCCUUCGCCAACACGACCAUCGGGCCGGACCACGGCGAAGUGGCGCCGGGGGUUUCAAAUGUCGCCUCUGAUGACGACGAGGCCAUCUUUCAGUACAUUCAAGCCACUACGGUCCCCAAUUGGCACGCUAGUGGCACGAACCGCAUGCUGCCCUUGGAGGACGGCGGCGUUGUCGACUCGCGUCUGCGCGUCUAUGGCGUUGAAGGUUUGCGGGUUGUUGACAGCAGCAUCAUGCCCACUGUUCCGGACGUCAACAUCGCGGGGCCGGUUUACAUGCUAGGCGAGAAUGGGGCAAGACUGAUUCGGGAGGAUUGGGGCUUCUGAUCCACAUUCCCAAUCACUUCACUUCACUCCGUGUAUGCGGAUACAUGUUAUGUAGAUUCCAUGGUAUCACGGUAACCUAGUAGGCCU